UGACGCCAGUGGAACGGCUAAGAGUGGUUAUGCCACUUUACAAUCUCUUGAUACCAAUCAAUGGACUUGGUUGGCAUCUCCCAGUACAACCAAAACUUUGCCGCCUUCUAUUUUUAUUCCAUCUACAACAGGUGGAGCUGCCGCAUUGUCAAUAUACUUUCAAACAUUCUAUUGGUGGAAUAUUGCUCAAGUGGAAUUCAGAAUGUAUUUCUUCGCUGAUGAAACUGGUUCUUACACCUUUGAAUUAGACGGUGAUGAUCUUGUAUACUUGUUUGUUGGUUCUGAAAACGCUUUCCCAUGUUGUAGAGAAACAGUUGUUCCUGUCGAUGCCCUGCCUGAUUUCAGUGUUGUUUGGAAUUCACCUGGUACCGUCACAUAUGACUUUACUUCGGGUACAUACUAUCCGAUGAGACUUCUUUUUGGUGGUGGUGGUGGUCCAAUGUCUCUUGGAUUUAGAUAUCAGAAUCCAGGUGGAACAUGGUUUGGUAAUUCUGUAUUCACCACAAACACUGCAACAAGUAGUAACUUGCCAAACUUGUACUUACCCACAAAUGAAGUUGAAGGUUCUUGUCAAACCACUACUACAAUUACAAACUCUAAUACUGCAGUUAAAAGUACAAUUACCUCAUCUUCCGUUGAUCGUUUAGGUACAUUGUACUAUGACAUUUAUGUCCCAUUGUCCUAUACUGUCACCACAACGACUCUUUCAGAUGUUGUUGGUUCUACAACUACAGCUACUUCAGUGGGUGCAGAUGGUUCAGCCACUAUUAUAGUUGAGAUGCCUUCUCCGACCUACUCCACUCUUCUGCUUGGUACCUCAUAUGGUACAACAAUUACUUCCACAGGUAUCACUUAUUGGGCUAGUAGUGCUUCCCAACUUUUCACCACCACUGACAAUGGUGUUACUAAAACAUUAUUUGGUAUUCCCACGCCAGAACCUUCACUGACUAUAAAUUGGACUGGUUCCGACACGUCCACGUUGGUUACUACUAUUGAUGGAUCUCUUACAGUACUUGCAGUUUUGAACUGA